AUGAGCACCGCGAACGGCACCACGGGCCAGCCAAAGGCUAACAAGCAGCGAACCGUAACGUGGCAGGAGAUUGCUGAAUGGCAGUUCGACAACAAGUAUAUCCUCAGAGGCUAUCGACCGGAGAACGCGGACUAUCUGGAAAUCUUUACCAGCCUGACGUUCUUGCACAACGAAACUUGCAAUGUAUACACCCAUCUUGUCGGUGCUCUGCUCCUACCGCUCGUCGCACCUGUCCUUCUGCGAUUCCUGGCUGAGCCUCAAUUUACCAACGUCUCAUCCAUGGACUACUCCAUGUUUGGGGUUUACUUUUGGUGUGCGGAAAUCUGUUUGGUCUUGAGCGCACUCUAUCACUUGAUGCAACCGCAUUCGCAUCCCGUAGAACUAUUCUGGCAUGGAAUGGAUCUGCUUGGCAUUGUUAUUGUGACAGUGGGCACAUUUUCUUCCGGCAUCUAUUAUGUGUUCUUCUGCGAAGCAAGCUUGCAAAAGCUGCACUGGGGUAUUAUCCUGACCACGGGUACUAUCACUGGUGUUCUCAUCUCGCAUCCCCUACUGAGAACGCCGCUAUGGCGGAAGGUAAAGGUGGGCGCGUUUGUUGUCUUUGGUGCUUCAUCGUUCAUACCCCUGCUGCAUGGUGUCCAGCGAUAUGGGCUCGAAUACAUGCUCCAAUACUCAGGCAUGAAAUGGUACCUUCUCGAGCUUGCCUUCUAUGGCACCGGAGUCGGUCUAUACGCGUUCCGAGUUCCGGAGCGUUUGGCGCCGGGUACGUUUGAUAUCUGGGGAAGCUCGCACCAGAUCUUUCAUGUCGCCAUCUUAUGCGCAAUGGCCGCACAUGUAACGGCUCUGCUUCAAGGCUUCACAACUUGUCAUACAUUGGAUGUGUGUCGGUUUCAGGGGGUUCAUUGA